CUACUGAUUACUCGACCAUACUAGUGGUUCUGGUUGGUCUUCUAAGCAUGAUUACAUUUGCAAUGGCCCGGUCUAGGUCAAAAACUUGACAAUGUACGGGGAAAUACCACAGUCGGGUUACAUACCAUGUCGGCUCUGCCGUGGUAGGCGGUUCGAUAGUGCUGAAUAUCAGCACUUUCCUUCUCCGUAUAUAGCAGGUGAUAGGAUUGGAUGCAGCUCUGAUGGAUGCUCUAGAUGCCGCCUCCUAUAGUUAGACCUUAGGAACAAGGUUUACAUAUCCAUGGGAACCACAUUCCAAA